AGCUAGUUUUUCUUGAUUAAAUUGAUAUCGUACUUUAUCUGAUUAGCAAUUAGGUUUAACAGUAUAACACUAAUUUUUCCUGCUACCCACCACUAUCGGAUAUGUGAAGUGAAUUACUGUCUUUUUAUUUCGACCCUAAGUUAGGACUAGGCUUGUAAAUUCGAGAUGACUUCAGGUUUAUUGUCUGCUGAAUUAUCAGCAGCCUGCAACUCCUUAGGCUUUUGGUCCGGAGGAUCCUACACUAAAAACAUUUAUUGUAAAGAGACAAUCAUUGACUUCAUUAGAUUUCUACGCUCAGAUACAGAUCGGGCCGUUAGAAAGCACCUUGGACAAGCCAAAAUCCUUCAAACAGAUCUUAUUCCUAUACUAAUUGAACACUCAGAAGAUGAGGAUCUCUUUUACGUACUUUUACGACUGCUUCUCAUCCUUACAUCCCCUGUGCUUAUGGUUUAUGAAGAGGAAUUACCACAAGAACGGGACAAAAGAUGUGAAUUCUUAGAAAUCCUCUCCCACUUGCAAAGUUAUAAAGAAGCUUUCACAAAGAAAGAAGUGUGGGAGGUUCUGACUUCAAAGCUUGAAAAGCUGUUGGAAAUUCCAUAUGAAGAUAGGGACGAAGACCACACAAAGACCAUAGAAAGGAUCUUAAUCCUGGUAAGGAACGUACUGGAAGUACCUGUUGACGAAGCUGCUGAGAACCGCCCGGACAAUGAUGCCAACAUUCAUGACCAAGUUCUAUGGUGUAUGCAUCAAUCGGGGAUGGUGGAUCUGCUUCUAUUCAUAUCCUCUACUAGACAAGAACAACAGUUCUACUUGCAUGUGUUGGAGGUAACAGUAUUAAUGCUUAGAGAGCAAACUCCUAAAUCUUUGGCUGAAGCUACAGUUGAAAGAAGUGUUGACGAGAAAGAAAGAGAUGAAAAAGAACUCCUUGAUAUCAGAAGAAAGGAAAAACUAGAAAAAGAGUCAAAAAUGAAGAAAUAUGCUAGCGCUAGGCAUUCGAGAUUCGGAGGAACAUUUGUCGUUGAUGGUGUAAAAUCAAUCAGUGAAAAUGAUGUGAUUUUUCACAAGCCCCUAGCCAAGGCCAUGUCCCAAUCCUCAUUGUUUGAAAAGCAACGUGCCAGAAUCCCAAAAAACAAGCAGGCAAUGAAAGACAACAAGCCGAAGCGACGAUCACCUUUCAGUGUGCGGCUCUUCCUAAAAAAUUACUCCAUUGAGUUUCUUAAUGGAGCGUAUAAUACAUUGAUGCGGAAAGUUAGGGAAAAUCUUGUACGAGGGAAAAACAACAAAGACGAUGAGAAGUACUACUUUUGGGCCAUGAGUUUUUUUAUGCAAUUCAACCGACUGUACAACUUUCAAGUGAAGUUAAUAAGUGAAACAAUGGAUCAGGAGAUAUUCCAUUUUCUGUACACACGAAUGGAAACGUGGCUUGAAGAAAUGGUGACUGACAAGAAACAUACUGCAGAGUAUUCAAGGAAAAUCCACUCUGGGCUGAAAGCUUAUCAGGAGCUUUUGAUGACCCUUCAGUAUAUGUUAGCGUGUAGCGACUCUUCUGUACAAAAAUCAGCAGUUACCAUUGAGAGAAAAGUUUUCUAUCAGAGUGAAUACAGAGAGUUAAUCAUCCACCUUUACAACGUGUUUACUCCAAUCAAGUUCUCCAGGCUUUACUUAAAGGAUCUAGUAGAAACCACCCAUCUCGUCCUGAAAAUGCUGGAGAGAUUCAGCAAAAUUCACAAAACUAUGAUCGUUCAGGGAAAGCCUGUGAAGAAAACGUCAAAAAAGAAAAAACAAUCUAAGAAGACUGCUCCAGUCAAAGUCAACCUAGACUCCGCCUGGGAGAAAAUUGGUCCGGAGUUAUCGGCACUGCUUGUGACCGAUAUUGAAAUUCCACUCGAUGAAAUACCAUUUCUCUCGGGCUCCCCCAUGGAAGAGGAAAAGAUCAAGUUUAUGAAGAGUAUAAAGGCGGAGUUAAUGGCAGGAAAUCUGGAAAAGUCUAUUGGAAUGAUAAGAGAAGCAAGAAUCUAUUGGCCAGAAAAUAACAGUUUUGGUCAGGCUGACAUGGGCCCCGAUGAAGAGUUUUUGGUGAUGCGAGAAAUAUUCUUUACCGAUCUCGGUGAACUUCCAGAAGCUGCAAUUCCCUCCGAUAACACCACAGACGAGGAAGCGGAUGAUGAAGAGUCUGAGGCCCAAAACAUCGAAAUACCUGACACAGUCUUCAAGUUUACUGACUUUCUUGGAAGGUUUGCUUGCCCCAAAGUCUUGUCUGCAGCCUCUAUGUUGUUGGAAACUUUUGAGUCUAACACCGAUGAAACAAACCAUUGCAUUGUGUCGCUGUUCUAUAGAGUCGCAUAUGACUUAAGACUGCCACAAAUGCUUUUCCAGGCGUCAUUGUUUAGGACGUUCCGAAGAGCGUUAGAUUCCAAAGACGCUCGAUACUGGGAAAUCCAUGCAUUGGCAGGAUAUAUAAUGAAACGGUUUUGUUGCUUGAAGGAAGGGAAUAGAAGGAUAUGUCUGGAACUUUUAUUUUGGAAAUCAAAGAAGGAAGCGUAUGAAAUUGAGAAUGGAUAUGGCUCAGCUGAAAUAAAUGCACAUUCGGCCAAGAACGUAUGGACAGAAGAACAAGAGGAUGAGUUACGACAUCUUGCUGCCGAAUACGAGGAACCCCCUGCAAAAGAAGAACCAGACGCAGUCUCUUGGAUCAUGCAGAAUAUGAUAAACAAGUCAAGAAGCCGAAGAGCUGUUGUAAAGAAACUAAAAGAGCUUUACCUCUUUGUAGGCAAUAUGAAACCAAGAUCCAAGAAACUAAAAGAAAUGAGUGAAGAUGAAGUUAAUGAAUUAAGAGGUCUUUUUGAAUUCUACAAAGAGAACCAAGAUCCAAUGAACUGCAUUUUGGGUCGUCUGUCAGUGCCUAGAAGUAGAAAAGUAAUAUCUGACAAGCUUAUAGAGUUGGGUCUAAUCACUGAUAAAACACAGUUGAGGAAGAAGAGGACAGCAGGUGGAAAAUCCAAACAGACGGGCAAAAAAGGAAAAGAGUGGGGUGAAAGGAGUGAUGAUGAGAGUAUAUAUGACUCUUGGUCAGAGGAGGAAGAUCCCGAAGCUGUGUUACGCAGAAAGGAGACAGAAAGAGUUCGUGCGGCCCCCCUUCUUCCCCAGAUAUUUGUUGUUUUGAAGAAAGCUGUAGAGUUGGGUGAUGUGGUGAAGAUGCCUUUUGACUGGCUAAUAACUGAACUUGGGGAGUUUUUGAAAGAUCUGCCAGACACUGAGGAUGAGGACAGCCAAAAUGAAGGCAUGGCAUUGGUCCCGAUAAGUGAUCCCAUCAUUCACGCCUUUGAGAACAUCCCUAUCCUCCAACAAGUCCUGCAUAUCCUGUCUUUUGAAAAACCGAAGGAUCAAGUAAAGUAUUGGAGAAUCCCUGGUACGUGGAAAGAAAAAGAAAUCGGUGAAAGAAUCAUGUGGCUCAACAAUGCCUUGAACGGAGAUUUGCCUGAUACCAGCCAAGACCUAGAAGAAGAAGUUAUAUCUCUGAAUACUGAAGACCGAACAUAUGUACAACCUAAUGUGUCUGACAGGAAUCUCAAAAGCACUAGCAACAACAGUCCCUAUCUAAAAAGGACCAGAAACAUAGUUGAUUAUUCAAGUUCUUCAGAGGAAGACCUGGAUAAUUCUAAACCAGGUCCAUCUCUACCUAAAAGCCUAUCAAAAAAAGGGAAGUACAAGAAUGAUUCAGACAAAGAAAAUCACCAGCAAUCAAAAAUUAUUGAUGCGAACAUGACAGACACAAGUGAAAAUGGUAGCAUCAAGACAAACCGGAAAAAACGUUUUAUGCGUUUUGAAUCAGAUUCCGAAGAGGAAGAAAGUCGCAAAGCUAGAAUUUCUAACGAUUCAAAUUUAGUUGAAAAUAAUGCUGACUUUGUAAAAAACUCUGAUAGUGAACCAGUGGUUUCCUCCCCUUUUGAAAUGAAGUCAGAGAAUAGCAAGCUGAAAAGAAAAAGACAAAACAAUGUCAUAUAUUCUGAUGAUGAUUCCAACAUCAUCGUAGAAAAAGAGACUGCUGAAGACAGUAAAAGACCUAAAAUUCAGGUUGAUGCUCAUCCAUCCAAUAAGCAUGAAGUUGAGCUAUCAAAAGGUUUAGUAAAAGAAGUACCAAGAAUGGACGUUGAGAAUGUAACGCCUGCUAGAAGUAUCCUCGAUGAAAUUUUUGAUCCUGCCCAGAAUUUUAGUUCACAGGAUUAUAGUCCUCGACAGGAUGUUAGUCCUCUACAGGAUGAUAGUCCUAACUUUGUUUCUACCCAAUCGGAUGAUUUUGAAGGUUGCCCACAACGCGAUUAUUUGGAAGAUGCCAUGUUGGCAUCUUGUGCUAAUGAUCCAAAUUUAGUUGAAAAUAAUGCUGACUUUGUAAAAAACUCUGAUAGUGAACCAGUGGUUUCCUCCCCUUUUGAAAUGAAGUCAGAGAAUAGCAAGCUGAAAAGAAAAAGACAAAACAAUGUCAUAUAUUCUGAUGAUGAUUCCAACAUCAUCGUAGAAAAAGAGACUGCUGAAGACAGUAAAAGACCUAAAAUUCAGGUUGAUGCUCAUCCAUCCAAUAAGCAUGAAGUUGAGCUAUCAAAAGGUUUAGUAAAAGAAGUACCAAGAAUGGACGUUGAGAAUGUAACGCCUGCUAGAAGUAUCCUCGAUGAAAUUUUUGAUCCUGCCCAGAAUUAUAGUUCACAGGAUUAUAGUCCUCGACAGGAUGUUAGUCCUCUACAGGAUGAUAGUCCUAACUUUGUUUCUACCCAAUCGGAUGAUUUUGAAGGUUGCCCACAACGCGAUUAUUUGGAAGAUGCCAUGUUGGCAUCUUGUGCUAAUGAUCCAAAUUUAGUUGAAAAUAAUGCUGACUUUGUAAAAAACUCUGAUAGUGAACCAGUGGUUUCCUCCCCUUUUGAAAUGAAGUCAGAGAAUAGCAAGCUGAAAAGAAAAAGACAGAACAAUGUCAUAUAUUCUGAUGAUGAUUCCAACAUCAUCAUAGAAAAAGAGACUGCUGAAGACAGUAAAAGACCUAAAAUUCAGGUUGAUGCUCAUCCAUCCAAUAAGCAUGAAGUUGAGCUAUCAAAAGGUUUAGUAAAAGAAGUACCAAGAAUGGACGUUGAGAAUGUAACGCCUGCUAGAAGUAUCCUCGAUGAAAUUUUUGAUCCUGCCCAGAAUUUUAGUUCACAGGAUUAUAGUCCUCGACAGGAUGUUAGUCCUCUACAGGAUGAUAGUCCUAACUUUGUUUCUACCCAAUCGGAUGAUUUUGAAGGUUGCCCACAACGCGAUUAUUUGGAAGAUGCCAUGUUGGCACAUUGUCAUCAUGAUUCAGAAAAUUCAAGUAUCCAUGUUUCCGACCAAGAAACACAACAAGAGCUAUCCCAGACCAUCGUACUGACUGAUUCUACACAGGAUGAUGUGUUGUCAAUUCGACAAUCCUCCCAGACUACUGAAGAAUCAGAUGAAGUUCAAAUUGUUUAUGACGCAAAACUAGAUAGUUAAAAGAUUUUUUCACAUGACCGAUAACUUUUUUAAUUAUGUUAAUUUGUAAUAAUUUGCAUUUUAGGAAAAUAACAUAUCACUCAUGAAGUUGUUACCUUUAUUUAUAAUUACAAUUUUCAAAAGACGCUUUAAAACAUAUUAAUUUUUGUUAAACACACCUGUAAUUUCAAAUGUACUACCUAAUAAGGGCAGUAGUUCUUCCUUCCAGGGGUUUGCCCUAAAAUUGAUUUUGUAAGAAAUAAAAUACUUAAUCCUAAUUAAAAAUAUUUAUAAAAGUAAAAAUUUAAAGCUUCUGAAAAGUGGUUUAUUGUGGUCUCUCGAGCCUUUAUUAAACUUCUCUUUUUUAGGUACAGCUUUUAUUUCAGCUAUUCAGACAUAAUUUAGUGCAGGGGUCUCCCUUGAUUUUCAAUUUUCUAUAUUUGCUUAUAAAUAUAUAACAUGUUGGCUUGCUGAAUUUCCAGAGAACACAGGAUAACAUAAAUAACUAUUUUCUAUAUACUACAAAAUUUACUCCAUUUAACUUUUAAUUAGAAAGGUUUUAAGAAAGCUUUGCCAUACAGGAGUUUGCAGCUCAAUUUAUCGGAAAUAUUGCAUUUGUCACUUAAUAUGUCAGCUAAUUUAGGGCUGCAAUUGAACUGUAGUUCUGGUAAUUAAGAUUGAUUUAAAAUAUCUAUCCAACUAAGCAGAUCUAUAUUUAGAUGACUCGGCCACUAAAUGUUUACUGCUAAUUUUACCCUAUUGAGAAAAAAAUUACAAGUGAGAUUCAUGUAUUUAACUCAUAUUUAUUUAUACACGGUAGCCAGCCGACCUGGACUGAGACUGAAUGAUAUUCUCUCCAGAGUGUCAACAAAAUGGAUGUCCAAUGCAUUAAGAGAAGUAGGUUUCCCCUUUAUAAAACUGUAAUAAUUUUUGUUUGAGAUGUUUCUUUCAAGAUAACUUCUGAUUUGAUUGUAAGCUGUUUUUUCAUUAGUUUUCCCCUAAUGGGAAGUAUAAUUGAAACUGCUCUGUAGCUCUGAGGUUGCUCCUUAGGACUCUUAUAAGUAAUUAAACAGUAAUAUAUACUGUACAAAUUUAAUUGUGCCUUUGAACUAAUGAUUAACAAGUGUGGCUGUUAAGUUGAGACUGGUAAUAAAAGGAUCACAUUCUGUAAUGAUUCAGUUUCAUUUGUCUUAAAGUAUUUCAUUGAUGUUUAGGACAAGUACUUAAAGUGUUGUCCUAUUUAAAUAAACCUAUAAUAAAUUUGGGUCUGUAAGUCAUUUUGAGAAUGAAAGGAAGGAUUUCAAGAAUGUAUUGUGGGACAGUCUAGGCUAAUUUCUCAUACUCAUUGUUGUAGUAUUUGUCAAUUAUUACCCUAACAAUGUUUUUUUGGUCUGUGAGUAAAAUUUAUUAACUUGUGUUUAUGAGUUUUCUAGCUAUUUUAAGGUUAUUUUAUCUGGUUAAUUUUUAAAAUUUAUUUGACCAAUAAAUUAUCAUUAGGCUACUUUGAAUUGGAGUACCAUUGAAUGACUUUUUUUGUGACAUAAUUUAUCUACUUUAAGUUUAUCUUUAUGUAUUUUGUUUUAAUGUUUGUGAAAAUAAUUGUUUGCUCAGUAUCACAUAUAAACUCUGUGACAUGUUUAGAAUAGCCAGUCAAAAUUAAAUCAAAACAAAUAGUAUACUAGAAGCAAGUUGGAUAAGAAUUACCACAGCCAUUUGUUUAAAACUUAUUCACUUAGACUAAUAACAAAAAAUUAUGCUAACAUUUUCAAUUACUUGACUUACUUGUUACUCAAGUAGGCCUACUGUAGUUUCAAAAUCCACUACUUGCCCACCCCUAGCCAUCACAACCCUCUUAGAUUGAAGAGGGGCCUCUUGAGGCUGCUGUUAAAAUGAGAUGUCCUGAGUAUUAACUAGUGAUGUGUCAGUUAAAAAUUUUAUCAGUUCGGUUUUGUUACAUUGGUUGUCAUUUUUUUGUUUUAAGUAAAUGAAAUUGCCAUCCACAUAUAUUUUAGCUGAAACUUUAUUGUUGUCGAUGGUGGAUUUAUGUUGUAACAAAGAUAAUCACAGAUAAAACUUGGUUAAUCCAAAAAAAUUUUAAGUGGAUUUGUUAAAACAAAUACUCCAACAUAUAUUGUUGUGAUAUAUUGUUUUUUUAGCAAAUUUAGUUUCUGUCAGUUAAGGGUAUUAGUGGGUAGAAUUGCGGAAAAAUCUUUAACAUCCUCCACAAUUGCAGGCAAAUUGCUUGACAACCAAUCAACAAAACCGACAUAUCCCACCAAUUCUGACUUUCAGUUAUUUAUUUUGUUUACCUGACAAAAUCAAUAACUGACCUAUCCCUAGCUUUAACAAAUAGAUCCACAUGAAGUUCCCAUUAUUAGACCUAAGAUGACUAAUGUGCCUUGCAUUUAUUUUGUUCAAGACCUUUUCUUGUUUUAGUUUUCCAAGCCAAAGUUCCUUUAAUAUUAGUAGGCUUCUAUGAUAAGAAGAUAGCUUAG